AAAGCAGACGAGCCAAACCUCGUUUGUUUACAAGCGAAAGAGACGGAAGGUGUGUGUGAGUGUGAGCGGAGGGGGGAGACGACCGUGAAAAGCAACAAGCGAACAUUUAUUGUUUGAGCUGGCGGCGGAGGACGGUAAUCCCAGGGCAAAGAAAAGAAGUCGCGACAUCGGCCCCCCACCCUUUCCUCCCUACCUACCCCGUGUUUGACAUGCCGCGCUGGUGUACAUCGGGGCCAGACACGUUACCUGCCUGCCAUCCAUCCCAUCACAGCUUGGCUGGAGCUAUGCACGCUGGAAUCCGCUGACGGGAGAAUGUGGCGGUGGAGGCUGAUAAUCGCUCGGUUCUUCUGUAUCUGACGGCGCAACUUUUUUUCAACGUGUUAAUCGUCGUGCGUUGGAGUGCACGGAAGGUGAGUGAUGAGUGCGGAUGUGUUUCAUGCGACCGAAAAGUGUUGGCUGCCAGAAACCUCGCACAACUACCGUCAGCACCACGAGGAGAUAAUUCUGGACGGCGUGCACAAGUUCGUAUUGUCGUCAUCAUCGACAUCAUCGGCAAGCCUUGAUCCACAGACAACACUCCCAGGAACAUUUGGGAGGGUUGAUUCUCUGGUCUAAGAGUGGCAGACAAGGGGUUAUCUGCCUCAGUGACAUGCGCAGUGACAUCCAGAAGCCGCCGCGGUCGAGUUGGUAAAGACAGGGCGUGAAUGCCAUGCAACAGGCAGUCAUGGGUUUUCGUGUCAGUUAACCGACACUGUCUACUGACUACAAAUGAUCUGUUGCAGCUACUUAAGAAGACGACACCUUGUACUUUUGCUUUGGCAGGCUGCAAGCUCUCUGCGCGUGGUGAUUGGCUUACACGCCCAGGAACACUCAUCGAACCUCUUUUCUGCGACCGACCUCUGUCCGUCAUGUCAACUUCAUUAGCCUAUCAAUCGCGCAUGCCCUUCCGAAUCAGGCUGGGUGUACACGACAUUUGAUCUUGCCUGGAGAGAUAACCUGUGUUGGUAGAAAAUUACAAAAGUGUCGCAAGACUGAAAUUAUAAUGUUAUCUGAAAUGUUACAAAUGUUAACUGAAAUGCACCAAGGUUAAUAUCGUAUUCUAAGACCGUCUCAGUGACAUACCACAGCUUGGAUAUCACGGAGGAGAAGACUGCACUCACAAGUAAUCUGUAGCAGUCCCGCGACUGCGUUUCCCUGACGAGGACAUCCAGAACUCAGCAGAGAACCACGUGACUUCAGUAUUGACAAUCUGCGCCACGAGUCCCUCGCCGAGACUGGAACCCUGGUCAAUGCUUACCACCAUGGCAAGUCUGGGGGCCGGGCGAGACUCUGGCAGCCCGCUGCCCCUUCCCCUGGCAUUGACCACCGCAGAGCGCCGGCACUACCACCUGCAUCCUAGUCAUCACCAUCAUCAUCACCACCAUCAUCACCAGCUGCUGGCUUCACCCUACGAUCCCAUCCGGCGCCUGGCAUUGGCAAGGCUGCCUCCGCCCCGCCGUCCGGUCGCCAACAAGCCCUUCACGUCCUUCUGCAUCAAGGAUAUCCUGGGUGGCGAGGUGGACAAGGAGGAUGUGGCCAAGCUGCAGGCGGGACAAGGCAGCAGCAUCGCCACCUCCGCCAGCAAGUCGAGGACAGCGUCGAAGAGCGGAAUAAAUAAAAAUAGAGGCCAGACUGCCAGUGGCAACAUCAUUAACAACAACAAUAAUAACAACAAUAGCAGCAACAGCAGUAGCAUAGACAGAACUCCAAUAACGGCCGCAUCCCCUUCCCACUCGUACCCUCCUAAUCUCUCCCCCUCCGCUCGCAUCCACGUGUCGGCCGUCAGUGUCAACGGCGCGCGGAUCGUGCGACCCUGGGCACCCAGUCCCAGCAGCCCGGACACCGAGAUCUCGUCUGACGACGGUGGCGAUACGUAUCAGGACAUUGACAACGAUGACGAUGAUGACGAGGAAAUCAGCGUGGACGACGACGAGCCGUCCCCCAGGCUACGCGCCGCUAAGACCGGCAAGUCAGGCGUGUCGCCGCUCGAUGCCCUCAUGGCCAUGACCAGCAAGACCUUCGAGGGACUCGAAACACCAGACGCUGCAGACGCCCGGCGACGCGACCAGGCGGCGCUGUUCGGCAAGCACGCGCCGCCCAAGAAACGGCGCAAGUCGCGCACGGCCUUCACCAACCAGCAGAUCUACGAGCUGGAGAAGCGCUUCCUGUACCAGAAGUACCUCACGCCGGCAGACCGUGACGAGAUCGCACACAGCUUGGGGCUCACCAAUGCACAGGUGAUCACGUGGUUUCAGAACCGACGUGCAAAGCUGAAACGGGACCUGGAGGAGCUGAAAAACGACGUGACGGCUGCCCGCAAACACCCGGUGCACAAAGCGUUAAUGGGUACAAUGGCGGAACUGCAGCUGCGCAAGGUGCACAGUGACGUGCUCAAAAAAGCCGCGGCAGCUGCGGCGGCGGCAGAAGCUGCGGAGGGCAGCGGCAGCAGGAGCGGAGAGAGAACGCUGCACGUCGAGGACGGCCGCCGCCGAGAUUCCGCAGCGACGCCGCCCCCCUCGUCACCGUCGUCGUCUUCAGCCACAGGACCAUCCCCCUCCCCCUUGCCGUUGUCUUUGACCACGUGCAGCGCGCUCUCUCCCAGCGCCAGUUGCCACAGCAACAGCAGCGCCAGCCAUCUCAACGGCGGCUGUCUGCGGUGCGGGUCCACCUCGCCAACUGCUGUGGACACAGACACCGGCAGCAAGCUGAACUCGAGCGAGAAGGCGAUGGACGCCAGUUCCUGUGCUGACUUGGACAGCGCGGCUGGCCGCAGGUUUGUGUCGGACAACAGCCCGCAGUCGCUUGACGGGCAGGAGCCCGAAUCAAGGGCGCAAGAGGACAUGGACACCUCCAACCCUACGGACUGCGAGGGUAAGAGGACGAGUAUGGAGGACGAGGAGAGGGACAAAGCCUCACCCAAAACUCACGACUCUUAGAUCCGCUAUGCUGAAAUCGGCGUCUUGCGGUUCGGCUAGACAUAUUUUUGUGUGUUAAAUGGCGAAAUCACUCAGAGAAUUAUCAAAUCUGGAGUAGCAGAAACUGCAAGAGCACCAAAGAGACUUUGUCAGACCGAAACAAGAAGUGUCGUUCUCGAUGACUCACGAUAAACGGGGACGAGUCUCAGAAGAAGUGCGUUACAAUCAGUGUGGACGGCUUCCGGCUGCCUUACUUACGUAUGAAGUAUAAUGGACACGAAGACGAAUCUGGAGCGCAGUUCAGUGAGACAAUGAGCUUCAAGACAACCAUUACAAAUCGUCAGCGAAACUUUCGGUGGUUGAACUCGAUCGCCCGUUAAUGGGAGUGGGGUAGGCUUUGACGCCAUCUUAGUCUAGGCUGUCAUGGGUUUGGGGAAAAUGCUCCCAAGCAACCACUCUUUGACGCCUCUUAAUUUAAAAAAAAAAACUCACACGCUGAGCUCCCCCAGCAACCACUCUUUGCCGCCUCUGAAUAAUAAACACAUGCUGACACCGUUCUAGUUGAAGUGGUAGUGACAUGAACAAAAACAGACAACACUUAAGAGUGUAAUAAUGGACUGAAAGUAUUGGUAAUACAGACAGGUAUAGAUAUUUGGCAUUAAUUCAGUCUACUAUAGACUUGUAGUGACAUAAACAAACAGCAAUCGGCGGCAACUGCAUGUGCAGCACAAAUAGACAAGUCGCGAUACGCUCAGUCCCAGCAGACCCACGACAGACGCCAAGGAAAAGAAUUAAGCAGCUGAACACUCUUUAAAGCCACAGAGUUUUAAUUAAGCCACACAUUUGUUCCUAUAUUAACUUGCCUGUGUCAUUCUCUGGCUCUCUGUCUCUGUCUCUCUCUCUUAUAAGGUUUCUCGUAUGUGCUCUCCGCCCGUCUGAUGGGAAACCACAAUGAUUUUCAACUGAUUUUCAUUUUCUUUCUUCAUCAUUAACCAACACAAACGACCUUUCAUAUUUUUUUCUUAAUCUCUUUCUCUUACCCUGCUCAUCACCCCUUCAUGGCUUGAAUGUUUUAAGUGGUCGAUAGCGUGCGUGUUUUGGUGUUCACGCUGGCUUUAAAAAAAAGUGUAUGGGCAGAAGCAAGCGUGUAGGGAAGGGAAGAAGAGAAAAGGAAAGAGAGAGAAAGGAUGAGAGAGGAAAAGAGAGGAAGAGAGAGAAGAGGAGAGCAAUUUUUUUAAAGUCUCAACAUUCAUUCAUGAAGAUGAGCUGUGUAUAGUGCUUUUGCUCAUUACACCAGACUGGGAUAAUAAAUGAUGUGUGACAAUGAAUGGACAUGCAGGCCAUACCAGACACCAUGUCGUGUCUCGGUGUCCCUGUUAAAAUCUGGAAUCACAUCUAUCGAAUGAUGGCCCUAAGUGUUGCUGACGGUUUACUGUUUUGUCCUGUGGAGAACAAUGAACAAUAUUAAAAAAAUAGCCUGCAUUUUUGUAGCAGAUUUUUUUAUGGAUUUGUUAUAAGCUACAUGCACAGACCAUUAGUGUAUCUUUUUGAAUAUUUUAAUGACUCUUCUGGUUUAUAUAAUUAUGUAUAUUUAUUUCAGUCAAUAUACAAUAAUAUUUCUUUUUCCUAUGUUUUGUUCUGAGAUGUUCAUUUUUCAUUUAAAUAGUUUUGACUAUCAACAUAAAAAAUAAACUUUGUUUGGACAUUUUAAAAAUUGUAACGACUAAGAAAAAGGAAAAGAAAUAAGAUUGCAGAUGCUUAGUUUGUGUCGGAUAGACACAAGAAAGAGGAAGGGGACGAAACAUUCGUAAUUACACUGACAUGGGUUAGUUUCAAGGCCCCUCACCAGCUAAUAUAUUAUCAGUCUUCCUGAGCACCCUGCGCCCACUCCCUCUAAACAUUACCUUGAACAAUCAACCAUUCGCCAGGUGCAUAAAUCAAGAAAACGUUAACUGAAAAUGUUACGAUUUUAUAAUUUGUGUGUGUGAUCCAGUUCCCCGAUACGAGAAAAACAUUCUCGGAGUACUCUAAAACAUACGGAAAAGAAAAAAAAACUUUAUUGCUCAGCGAUUUCUGUGUGGAUGAUUCAAAAUCUAGUUAGAAAAAUCGGCUUUAUAUAGAAAAUUUCUAUUUGAAUAUUCGUGUAGAUUUUUGUUUGAUGUCAAAUUGUACGGAACUAUACUUUUUCGGUAUUGGUAAAAAUUGUCCUUAAUACUAAAAGAGAAAAAAGUAUUAAAUAAUUUAAAUAUGAAAAA